AGCAAGGUAGUUUUUGAGCAAACAUAUCCUGCAAUAGCUUCAGUUCACAGCCUUGUUUCUAGCAGCAAGGUAGUUUUUGAGCAAACAUACCCUGCGAUAGCUUCAGUUCACAGCCUCAUUUAUAGCAGCAAGGUGGUCAACCCCUUAGAAGUAUGCCUGAGAUGCCUGAGCUGCCUGAGAUGAAGAUCUGGAUUUUAAAUAAAGUAGAACCUGUAAUAUCAAGAGGGAAGUUGAAAUGGAGAAAUUUGCAAAUAAAGCCUCCAGAUAUUGAAAAGAUCAAGGAAUUCUGUUCUGAAACCUCACUCCAUGGAUUGAAGUAUGUUGCGGAGGAUGGUGUAAUUUUGGUUCAACGUGUUCUUUGGGUGAUUCUUUUCAUCUUUGCUUUAGUGUUCUUGGUCUUUCUAACUACACCACUAUUCAACAAGUAUAUUGAUGCCCCAACAUUCACAUCAAUAGAUACAACAAACUAUCCAAUAUCAAACAUUAAAUUCCCUGGGGUUACAGUCUGCUCAAAUAUUAGAGUUGCACAUACACAAUUUGACGCAGAAGUGCAGAAGUAUCCCUGGUGGAGUUAUGAACUGGAUUUGAUAGAUGAGAUGGUUGGGAACCAUAUUAAGUUCAAUUCUGAUCCAGGGGCUUUAAAUUCUUCAUCACUUCAACAACAAGUUGAUUCCUUGAUGCGAGAUCAAGAACUCUAUUUCACUGACUUAAUGCAAAAGAUUUCUCCAAGUUGUGAACGAAUGUUUUUGAUUUGUAAAUGGCAAGGACAGGAUAAAGAUUGUUCUAAGCUAGUUACUAUGCGAAAGACGGAUACUGGAUUUUGCUGUUCAUUCAAUACCAUGGAUUUAGCAGACAACUUUGUUCCAGAGAAGCCUCCUUCUGAAGACCAACCAGUUGAUCCCUAUUUACAUUGUUAUACAGAUGAAACAUUCUAUAAGUUGGAUGGAUUCACAGAUCCUAAUGAGGGUUCGGAAGAAUUUAAUGAAUUCUUGUGUGCUGACUUCAAUAGAUCAGAAAUUAGUGAAUAUCAAUAUAUUGAAGAUAUAGACUAUAAAAACAAUCCAUGGGAGAAGGAGGAUGACUUUUACACCUAUGAUGAAUAUGCGUAUUUUCAAUAUCAAGGAUAUGAAUAUGGCGAAGAAGGGCGAGCAGUUCUUGCCAAAUAUGACAAUUGUCAGUACAAAGUCAACAAUAACACAAGUUCUGCUAAUGUCCAAGAGGAGUACAUAUCAUAUCGCUAUAGUGGACUUCUAAGCGGUUAUGAAACUGAUGAAACAAACUUCUGUUCUAGACUUAAAGGUUAAAGGUUGAUGAUAAGAUAAUACAUGAUUAUCUAUAAACGUUGUUAUAUAGUUAAAAUGGUUUUACAAACUAGUUUAAAAACUAUGCUAGGUUAAAGGUUGAUGAUAAGAUAAUAUAUGAUAAUCUAUAAAAGUUGUUAUAUGUAUAGUUGAAAUGGUUUUACAAAUUAUAGACCACAGAACAGUUAAUCUUUUAUAUCUUUUUUUUAAUUUCAAUAUUUCUAAGUCUUGAUUUUCAAAUUUUUGUAAAAGAAUACCU